AUGGGUAUCAAAGGGCUUCAUGUUCUCCUCAAGUCGAUCCAGAAACCAUGCCAUUUGAAAAAGUUCAGCGGCCAGACCCUUGGUGUCGACGCUUACGGAUGGCUUCACCGAGGUACCGUCGCCUGUGCCAUGGACCUGGCCCUGGACAGGCCCACGGUAAAGCAUAUUGAAUUCGUCUUGAACCGUGUCCGCAUGCUCCUCUUUUUUGGAGUCACUCCAUAUCUGGUGUUUGAUGGUGACCAUCUUCCCAGCAAGGCUGGGACGGAGUCAGAACGGCUGAAGAAACGGGAAGAGAGCAAGAAGCUGGCCCUGGAGCUAUACAAUAAGGGCCGCAUGUCCGAGGCCUACCAGGAGUUUCAGAAGGCGGUCGAUGUCACGCCGUACAUGGCACGGCAGCUGAUCGAGGAAUUGAAAAAGAUGAAGGUCCAGUACGUGGUGGCGCCAUACGAGGCCGACGCUCAACUCGCGUAUUUAGAGCGUCAGGGCAUAAUUAACGGCAUCAUCUCGGAGGAUUCGGACCUGUUGGUCUUCGGCGCAAAACGUCUCCUUUCCAAAUUGGACCAGCAUGGUGAAUGCAUUGAGAUCAACCGUGCAGACUUCACUUCCUGUCGUGAUAUCAGCCUGAUUGGAUGGACUGAUGCGGACUUCCGGCGCAUGUGCAUUCUUAGCGGAUGUGAUUACCUGCCCAGCAUCCCCAAGAUGGGACUGAAGACCGCCUACCGCAGUAUUCGGAAAUACAAGAAUGUGGAGAAGGUCCUCCGGGUCCUCCAAUUUGAAGGACAAUACCAAAUUCCCGCAGACUACUUGGAAAAGUUCAAGCAGGCAGAGCUUACAUUUCUCUACCAGCGAGUGUUCUGUCCCAAGGCUCAGAGGCUUGUGACCCUCACCCCUUUGGACGGCAGUGUCAACGUGGAAGAGAUGCCCUUCAUUGGAGCAGACGUUGAUCCGGAGAUCGCAAUUGGCGUCGCCUGUGGAGAUCUUGAUCCAAUGACAAAGGAGCCUAUCAAUUUGAAGCCGUCAUUGACGACAAAGGCUCCUGGCAUAACAAGGAGACAGACGCUGGCUUCGUCUGCGGAGCUUAAGUCGAACAAGCCCAUCAGCGCGUUCUUCACGCCCAAACGAGUGCCCCUUGCUGAGCUCGAUCCAAACAGCCUUACACCAUCGCCAAGCCAACAACGCCUUCUUGAGCGCCAUGCAAAUAACUCGUGGGAAGCCAGUCCGGCACCGACGGGACCCAGUCUUCCCCGAUCAGUAUCUUCCAUUCCCCAGACACGCCCUGCUGCAAGCCCAAUGGUCCGGACAGUGGAAAGGGAAUCCUUCCUAGCCAGUGCAGGUAGGGUGUCAACGGUUCCAGCAGCAAAACGGCAGAGACUAUGUUCCGAUGCGGACGACGAGAGUCUCCCAGCCUCAUCCAAGGAAUCUCGGAGCCGCUUCUUUGCGGACAGUGCGGAGCCCAGUCCGAGCGGGCAGAAGUUGGCGAGAAUCAAGAAAUCACGGAGGUCUGAUUUCGGAGUAUAUUCUGAUGAAGUUGCAGAAGAAAUCAUGUGUCAAUUUUCUGAAUUCCAGGCACCUGCCGAGUCUGGCGAGGCCGGCGGGAGUGGUGCAGAGCCGCCCAAGGCAGACGAGGGAACAGCAGUGCAGAAGCCUGAGGGUCCCUCUGCCAUAGAGACGCCUGUGUCAAAGAUAUCAGAAUCUCAGGAUGCUGCUAGUACUGAUGUCGACAGCGGUUCGACUGUCUCUCCCGCGGAAGACACAUCCCCAGCAACGUCAGCCAUGUCUGUCAGUCCGGACACAGACCCGGAACUAUUUAACCAGGUCCUGGAGGCACACGUAAAAAAGCAGAAUGCAUCUCUGCUCUCCAAAUACGCCUUUUCACCCUCCGGAGGCGCUUCCCAAGACGCCGUUGCAACCUCGACGACCCCGUCGGCGAGUCCUGCGGGAUUCGUAUCCAAGGGCAAACCAGGAAACCGUCGCCGGCUCACGCCGUUGCAAAGACUCGGCCAGAGCGCGCUGACCAAGUCGAGAUCGAUGGACAAUCUUGGCGCGCGCACAAUGUUGACUGCUGCUACGCGAGAUUCUGGAUAUGAAUCCGAUUUCGCGGGAGGCAGCUCUCGAGAAGCCACGCCGGCUGCAAAGAAUCAGCCUCAAGGAAGUGAAGACCUGCUUGUCCCUUGCAGCGAUGAAGAAGAGGGGGAGUCGGUCAGUGAUAGCCGUCGCCCAGCUUUGGAUCUUAAGCGGUUCGCGUUCACACCGAAGUAG